GGCCCAGCGCAGCGAGAACGGCCACCGGUUCCACAGGAGAGAACGAGCGGGAGUCUGCCCUGCUGCGCCAAAGACGGAUCGAGGAGCAGUCCGUGGCUCUCACGGGCCUGCGGGGCGCGGGGCUGGCCAGCGUCAACCCGAGGAAGGAGGUGAUGCGGCGUGCCCAGGCCCCUGUCCGGGGGAGAGUGCAUGGACGCCUGGCGCGAGUCCGUGCCGUUUGCCAUCGCAGGCGCGCCAGCGAGGGGUCGACGACGAGGAAGACAAGACUGACGACGAGGAGCUUUCGAAAGCCCUCGGAGGCCCCUGGGCGUGACGGGCCCCCUCGGCGCCGUCCCCCCCCUCCCCGCGCCGCGCGGCGCGGAGCCGCGCGGCAUGCGCGCCAGCCUCCUUGCGAGAGUCAGGAGCUCAGCCAGUCCCCCCCAGGGUCCCUUCUCGAGGCGUGUUCUGGUCAUCUGGGCUCUUCGGAGAGGAGUGCCUCUCGGCGUCGGCAUGCUGGGGCCGCCAAAGGGGGGCAGCUGGUCAACAGGCGCACAGCGUCUGCAGGCCGCACGCCUGCCGCUGCAGGGCGCGGUGGCGGAUUGGUGCCGCCGCAGCCUGUGACGACAAAGGACACCUGUGGUGCUGAGUCUUCGUCCGCAGUUAGGCCGAAUAGGCCCUCGGCCGCAGAGUCCCCGACCGGAGGUGGUGCAUUGCCGCAACUUGCUUGCUCGGGGGCAUGCCGUUCCGUGGUCGCAUUUCAAGC